AUUGGCAUGUGUUCGCAGGACAGGACAUUGUAUGCUGGUGCAGCGAUCGCGUGAAGAAAUUACGCUGGGUUUUUGUACGCGUCGGAGUCUGUGACACCCGCUGGCCCAAUGGAGCCGCGUACUCUCGCUGUCCCGUUGGCUUUGUUGACAUUCGUCGUAUCGGCUAGUGCAGGUGGUUUGUACUUUACCACUGAGCCACAAGAUGCAGUGGUGGAGCAGGGAGGUGCAGCAAGAUUGGAUUGUGAAGCCAAGUUCAGUGGUUUGGGGGAACCGACUAUACAGUGGCGAAUAGAUGAUGGUCAACCAAUUACUUUUAUUGGGGACGAUUUUCGAUCUCAGCUAGCAAAUGGGUCCUUGUACAUAAAUAGUGUUUCCAUGAGUAACCCAGAACUAACUGGAAGCUAUCAGUGUUUAGCUUUCGUAGAUGAUGUUGGAGCUAUUGUGUCUCGAACAGCCACAAUUAAACUUGCAAGUCUGCCAGGAUUUGAAAAGGAACCUCAAGACACAAUGGUCUAUCCAGGGCAAAUUGCAUAUUUGAGUUGCACACUUCCUUCAUCUUCCAGUUCUCUAAGUAUACAGUGGCUGAAAGAUGAACACCCACUUGUACUUGAUGAUAGUCGAAUGACAGUGUUACCAUCAGGUGCAUUAGAGAUCGAUGAUGUUAACAUGCAAGACAUUGGUUCAUACAGAUGUAAUGCAAGUAGUUAUGGACAAUAUAGACUGAGUAAUAAAGCACAAUUAGGUUUACUGACAAGUGAUAUUGAUCAAGAAAGUACACCACCAGUCUUCAUAGCUAAACCAUUUAGGCAAGUGGUUGUUGAAGGAUCAACAGUCACUCUAGAGUGUGCUGCCAAUGGCUAUCCAAAGCCCAGUAUAUUGUGGCUAAAAGAUGGUACAGCCAUUGACUUAGCAUCUCUUGAUUCUAGAUACCGGAAAGUAGCUGCUUCAAGUCUUGUAAUUAAUAAUGCCCAAGAAAUAGAUGACGGUUCAUACCAAUGUCGUGCGGAAAAUGAAGUAGAUACAUUGGAUGCAGUUGCCGAUUUAAUUGUACAAGUGCCACCCAGGUUUCUAAAAAAGCCAGAGGAUAAGGUAGCUAGCGAGAAUCAAGACUUGGAAUUUGAAUGUGAAAUCUAUGGGAAACCGGAGCCGAAAAUUUCGUGGCUCAAGAAUGGAGAACGUAUCACAUUCAAUGCAUAUUGGCAGAUCAUUAAUGGCAGUAAUCUUAGAAUUAACGGUUUACUGAAGAUAGAUGCUGGAAUUUUUCAAUGCAUCGGAACGAAUUCUGCCGGAAGUGUGCAAGCUGCAGCACGUCUAACAAUUAGUCAACCUAAAAAAGUAAAUUUCCACAAGACAACCACGCCGAAAUCGAUCCCUAAGAAAAAGCUACCGCAACACCGUCAAUUGUACAAUAAAACAUGGCAACAUCCGAGCACCCUUUUGGGGCACACGAUGUCAGCCUUUACGCAGAAUCCGCCACUCUCCAUUAGCCCCUCCGAUGAUCCAGCAGACCUUCCUGGAUCUGUUAGAGUUCCCAACUCUCCUUACGAUCCGAAAUCCCCUUUUGUAGACGACACAGACAGCCUGGAAUCGAUAGAAGGAAGCGUUCCCUCAGCCCCGAGAAAUCUGAGUCUCGUCAUUGUCACCGCACGAUUCGUCACUUUAAGGUGGCAAGAGCCGGAAAACACAAACGGGGAAAUUGUACAUUACAAGAUUUAUUACAAACAAGAAGGUGCUCAAAGAGAAAGAGUUGUAAACACUCAAAAGUUAGAAGCCAUGAUACCAGCGUUGCAACCGAGUUUGACGUAUCAAUUUCGAGUGGUAGCCUUAAACGUGAGAGGUCCUGGAACAUCCAGUGAAAUAUUGCAAGUCACUACGCUUACUGAGGCCAAUGUUCCUGGACCUCCAUUGAACUUAGAAGGUCAAACCACGAGCAGCGUGAGCAUCACAUUGUCUUGGGAGAAACCACAAGUUGUUAACGGCAGAAUUUCUAAAUACUUAAUCACAUUCGUUGAGGGUGACAAUGAGGAAAUCAUUCGCGAGACCACUAGUACCAUGCACGAAUUGGUAGACCUCGUGCCUUAUACAGAAUACAGUAUUAGAGUCCAAGCCGUGAACGAGAACGGCCCUGGCGCGUUUAGUAGAGAUAUCAUAGUGAGGACUUAUAGUGCAGAGCCUACUCAACCACCGCACAAUGUUACAGUAGAACCAGCUAGUCCUACAAGCAUUAUAAUAAGAUGGGAACCUCCAUUGGAGGGACAGAAUGGAAUUAUCACUGGCUACAAAAUUCGUUAUCGUCGACAUGAUCGUGGCUCACAGCCAGUUACCAUAACUACAGAAGGAAACCAACGCUCAAGAGUGCUCACAGGACUUGAGAAACAUGUCGUCUAUCAAGUUCGCAUAUGUGCCUUAAACGUGAAUGGUACUGGACCUUGGACGGAAUGGAUACAGAUAAAAACGUACGAAACCGAGUCGGAUGAAAAAAGAGUGCCAAACACACCGAGCAAUUUAAGAACGAAAGUAAAGUCGGACAGUAUACAAGUGUUCUGGAACUCACCAAAGGAUCAGAGUAUCAAGGUAAAGGGCUACAAGCUAGGAUGGGGUAAGGGAUUUCCAGACGUUGAAGUACAGCUUCUCGAUGGGAAAGAACGUUCUUUCACUAUAGAGCAAUUGGAACCAAUGACAGAGUACGUUAUAAGCUUGCGAGCAACAAACGACGCCGGUGACGGUCAGCCGGCUUAUGCGAAUGUCAGAACAAGUGAGCGUUCUGUAUCUGAAUCUUCCGCGCCUUGGAUACCGCCAGUUGGCCUUAAAGCUGCUGUUUUAUCAGACACUACUGUAGUAUUGUAUUGGACCGAUACAACCUUACCAAAAACUCAGUUCGUAACGGACAAUCGUUACUACGUGGUACGUUACACGAAUCAUCAUAGCAGUACCCCUCGUUAUAAGUAUCAUAACGCCACUGAUCUCAAUUGCAUGAUACAUGAUUUGAAACCGAAUACCGUGUACGAAUUCACAGUCAAGCUGGUUAAGGGGAAGCGAGAAUCACCGUGGAGUAUGGUUGUUAUGAAUCAAACGCAAGAAGCUGCGCCAAGUUCUGCGCCAAGGGAUUUGUUGAUACAAACUAUUGAAGACCGUCCGACUUCUGUCUUGCUACGAUGGCAGCCCCCUAAGCAGCCCAAUGGACCAAUCACGGGAUAUAUUAUAUUUUAUUCUACCGACAACACGAAGUGGGAUCGCGACUGGUUAAUUGAAGCAGUUAUCGGUGACAAGACUGAGUUUAUUGUGAAAAGCCUUAAACCAAAUACAACGUAUUACUUCAAGAUUCAGGCGCGAAACUCAAAGGGAUACGGUCCGUUUUCCACCACCGUUCCGUUUAAAACACCGCAAAGCAAUGGCAUGGAUGUCUAUGAUGAAUUGCAUGAUCGAGACGGACGAGGACUCUCAAAUAUACUGAUCUAUAUCAUUGUUGGCUGUUCUAUUGUUCUUAUUCCUGGUGUAGCGGUUGUAGUGGUCGUGGUGUGCUGUAAACGUAAUCCGGAUACACCUGAUCGGAAAAAGGGAUACAUGAAAGACACGAAUCAAAAGACAAAUAUCAAACCACCAGAUCUGUGGAUCCAUCAUGAUCAGAUGGAGUUGAAAGCUCUUGAGAAAUCAUCAAUAAAUGGUGAAGCAUCUACUAGUGGUGUAGCCAGUAACACGUUACCUAGGCCUAGUAAUCCGGAAUACAAUCAGGAGAAUGUACACGGGAAUUCCAGUUCAUUGGACAAGCGUACUUACGUACCAAGUUACAUGGGUAACACUGACGAGAAGUGCUCGACCCUGAGUAGACAGCAUAGUCGAGGAAGCCACAAACCUAAACUCAUUACACUGCCUGUUGACAGUGCGUCUUUACAUCAACCUAUAGCGACUGCUACACCAAUCGUGAACACGAGUAUGUCGCAGCCAACGAUUCACACUUCCUGCAGCGACACGCCAUCCGUGAGGCAAAACUAUCCUCGAACAGUGGCACAGUAUAGUCUAAGUCGUGCACACAUUACUUUGGAACCGACUCCAGAAUCGAGUCCAGAUUCUUGCAACAUUUCAAGCUCGUAUGAGCCGUUACAGAGCCAGCCGCUGUCGUAUGGAGCAAGUGGCGGACAGUCGUACACCGGAAGUACUCAGUAUGCUUCAGGUCAUUAUGGUAACAGCAAUCAGCCAUCAAGUAGCAGCGGAGGAACCGAUGGCAGCGGUAGUAGUAAAAGGAUGCAAGGACAUCCUUUGAAGAGCUUUAGUGUUCCGGCACCUCCGCCGCAAUCUGCGCCUUCUACGCCAGCGCAACAGAAACAUGGUGUUUCUCAAGUAACCGUAAGACCCACGAUGUCCGGUAGUCCUUAUAAGAAGCCACAAAGCACUUCGCAAUUGGCAAAGAACCGGUUAGCCUCCGUUUCGAACCCAGUGCACACUUCAGAGGAAGUUGAACGGUUGAAGCCUUCGUAUAGUACAGAAGAACUGAAUCAGGAAAUGGCGAACUUGGAGGGUCUGAUGAAAGACCUGAAUGCCAUAACAGCGUCAGAGUUUGAGUGCUAGAAGAGGUUCCUAAACCUUGUGCCAUCUCAAUUCAAUAGACUGCAAUCAUACAUUCUCAAUGUUAGUACCUGAGAGAUAUAGGUGUGUGACGAUCAUGUUACACGAUAACAAAAGAAAAAGAGAGAAACUCGUCUGCGGAUUUGAUGUUUCGGCACACGGAAAUACAACGCAAUUGGCAACCGGCAUGUUAACCGACGGGGCCGAUGAACGGCGUCAGUAUCAGAACGGUUUCCAAAAACUGUUCGCCUGAAAAAUUAUCGUCAACCCGGUGUGAUUGGUCUGGAACGCGAGUGUUUCCUAGUCAAUUUGCUUUUUCCUCCGGUACUAACGUUGUUUUCUUACGGCGAAAGCGCGAAAGCAUACUUGCCAAUGUAACUCGACACUGCCACAUUCUUGCAAUGGACUUGUAAUUCACAAGACUGUGAGUGGUACGGUUUUACAGUGAAAUCGACGCGAGAAUAGGACGUUUUAUUGCGAGCGUUUGAUGGUGUUUCUGUUUUUUUCUGCUUUCUGAGCGUAUAUAUAGUGUGUACAUACCACUCGAGACGAAAGGAAACCGAUAAGUUCGACGUUAUCGGGGAUUACUAUCAACAACUGGGAUAGAUCUAGGAAGUCAGUAUACUUUUAUGUUAAGCGAAUGUUCAGUGACAAGUAUCCGAACUCAAUUUGUCGAGAGAAACAGGAACAGUAUAUUUCAGGUAUUCAAAGUUAUACACCAGAAUUAUAAACGUUCUAUUGAUUAAUUUCAAUGGUUGGGUUGCCACUGAUUUUAAUGAUACCGGACGCGAUAAGUUCAUCUAAAAGGUCCAUCCUAUGCACUGGUCUUUUCGUGUGACUAGAGUCACAUGUUGAUGACACAACGGAUUCAUAACGUUGAGAAACUGUUUUAACAUUUUUUGAUUCUUGUAUAUAUAGAAGUGAUUGGUGAUCGGAUCGAUUAUCUUUUAUAUGCUUCGCUGAAACGGACGAUUUCGCCUAAAAAGAAAAGAGAUGGAGAAAACGAGAGAAAUUCGUACUAUAUCGAAAAGCUCACGUGCUCUUUGCCAUUGUUUGUAAUUUAUACUCAUAAGAGUACAUUUUCUAUAUCGAUACAGUCGACUGCCAUACUUACGCUUAGGAUGGCGAGAUCGCGUGAGUCUCUUAAGAGUGAACAAUUUACGGUUCAGUGUGUGAGUCGAGGAACUAGAAAUAUCGUUUUUAUUUUUUAUUUUUUCAUCUGUCAGAAUUCUUUAAUGACCGUUCCGAUGAUAAGUUUUCCUAUGGUACAGUACUUUCAAACUAGUUAAUUUAGUAUUAAUUAAAGAGAAAUUCAUUGUUAACACGUUGACUGACUUACGUCACCAGUGCUUCAUUGUUAGACUGUGUAUCUAUUAUGCACAAAUCCCGCAGUUUAUUCAUGACAUGCAUUUUUAUUACGGUCUGUAAAUGGGGACGAAUUGUAUCAAGCAUUUGAAUUUUUGUUUUGCUGGUGACCCAUUCAGAAUUUUGUUCAACAUUAAUCUGAACGGUUGGCGUGUUAUCAGGCUUCAUAACGACAAGCUAAGUCUGUAAAUUACACUGAAACAGUUGCCUGUGAUUCUCGGAGUUUGAUUUAAUAGGCUGAGAGAGACUUUUCCACGCUGAACCUUUUGUAACGGCCUUAAACAAAACGUUCGCGUUCGGUUGUCCUGUAUUUUAUGGCUGCGGCAGCUCGCUAAGGAAUUUCAUACGCACGAUAGAAUGGUACGCGUGUAUUAUUCUAACCGAGACAUUGUAGUAUUACGAUCUCAUCGAGAAAUCUUAUUUUAGAAUAAAAAGAGAAAAAACACAAACAAAGCGUACAUCGAGUAUGGGUAUUACGGUAGGCUUUACUGCGUCACGUGACAUAGGUCAUCGUAAAGAUAAAAAGAUUUCUCACGUCGAUGGAUUUUUGCCGCUUUGGUAGUUGAUUUACCUUAAAGUAACGAUUACGUUCUAAACGUCCAGUUAAGGGUCCGGUCUAAUUAAAUAGUAUAUAAAUUAAAUUCGGUAGUCGAGUUUGCGAGCUAUUUUUUAAACAGAUAUUUACAAAUUGUUGUUUGUAAGGUGUGCAUACGUUGUUUCCGUUUUCGAAGACUCGAUAGCGACCGUGGUCGCUUUGAAAUUUCUAACUGUCACACGAUCAUUAGAUGUCCGAUAUGGCAUAUUUACAAUGAAGAAUAUUUAGCGACCGUUUUUUACCAUAUCCGUCGAGAUAUUAUACAUAUAAUAGAAUAAUACUUCCUUCCAUUGCUAGGGAUUUGCUACGUAUAACUUUUGUACACGUUUUACUGCGAUCAUCAUGCGGUCUCUUUAGUAUUAACGAGAUUGAGAUACCCGAGAUAUAAGCAGGAUCACGUGACAAUUAAUGCGCGAAUUGUGACGCGAUCGAGGGCGAACGUCGCUUGUAGUAUUCCGUACUAUACCAUCUUUUUUAAGCACUUUCGUAUUUUCCUAAACGUUGAGUAUACAGGGUAACACGGCCCUGUAUUGUACAAAAGAAGUCCUGUACGCGAUGGGUUUAAGCACCAACGAGGGGUUUCCGUUUUGCGGCAGAAGUCUAAUAUGGAUAUAGUACAAAGCAAUAUGUGAUACUCCCGCUUUAGGAAUCGUCGGGCCAAUGCCCAGAGUAUUGCAUAUUACUCGAAUAUUCGAUGCCGCACGUGAAACACCAAGAUUUCGAGCGAACACGUUCUUUUGUCGUCGGUUUAGCUCGAUUAGGAUAACGCGAGUAGUAUUAAGAGACACCCGUAGUCGUGCACGCGUGAAUUUCAUUGAUUCCCUAAAUUUGUCAUUUUUUUAAACGAACGAAUUUACAUAUACGAUUGUACAGGAGUGGUUCCAUCGAGAAUACCGUAUGAACAUCUGUCAUCAUGUCUAGCUCAAGUUUCCUUCUACAUUCUAUCGAGACUAUAAUGUCAAUUGAUCCAUUAAAGGAGUUACAAAAUUAUUUUUAGAGCGGCAUGUCGCAUGGGUUUAAUAUAUUGAGGUAUAUUAAAUUUAUAUGGAAAGUUUGUAUGGAAUCUGUGACUGAUGUUGAUAGGGUUUCUCCGCGAGCAUUUUGUAAUAUUUUUUUAUUCUUUUUGAAAUCUGAAAUAUUUUGUAUAAUGUUACUAUUAGCAGUGACGAAAAUGCGUAGGCGCGUUUGAGCUAUACCGAUAGAAAAGAACAGCUUGUACAUUAAGUAUAUACAUAUAUGUAAUAUAUACAUGAGAAUUUGUAAUUAUCGCGCUGUUCAAGGAGCGAUUGGCUCUUUGUAAGUAAAGUAAAACAGGCCUACGAAACGGCCUGCGAAAAUAUUUUACCACAAAAGUAUAGUAGGAUAGUUUUAUCCUUCUCUAUAUAAUUAUUAUUUAUUGAUUUCUAUGUAUGCUGGGAAUAUCGAGGAUAAAUGAAUGUUGCGAGAUGCUAGAGGCUGGUUGCUUUUAAUCAUUUCCAUUGACAUCGUAUAUUAUAGUCAUUAAUCUCUGUCAUUGUCACCAUUCUCAUGUUCAUUCAAUUUUUCUCAUUGCCAUUCAUUCGCAUUCGUCUAUUUGAUCAACGAUUAACGGAUUCGUUAUGGUUGAUAACAAUAUCCGACGAUAAUCAAGACUAAAAUAAAAAGGAUACAAGCCACUGCCGUAUGUAAAUAAAAUACCGCCACUUUAUAAGAUAAUUAAGUAUUUAUAUACAUUAUAUACAUAUAUAUAUAUAUAUAUAUACACACAGCCAUUAUAAAAUAUAAUUAUUAUAUUUGUACGAUACGUAUAAGGCAGCCAUCUCCAAUGAACAUUCAUAACAAGUGUGUGAUAAUAUUUGUAAACCUUGAUAUCCAAUAAACAACCUUAUGUUCUUUACAAAUUA